ACAGCUUCGUCAACACAUCCUCUCACAGCAGCUUUUACAGCCGCCAUCGUCGCAUCCUUGCCCAACGACUCGCAUUUGGUCCAGAUCGACAGAACGAGACUCGGCCUUUCGCGAUUUGAACAGACAAGAAAUUACCAUUUGAAACGAUCAUGGCGGAGGUCGAACCGCAACCUCAUGUAGUCGAAUCAUCAGAUGCCUUACCAAUUCGCCGUUCGUCGCGGUCGCCGCGGUCACCUCGCCAUGACGAACGUCCCCGACACCUAGACGGAGGCGGCGACAGCUACCGCCCAUCCCGUGAUAAUCGGCGCGACCGCUCUGGCGAUAGAGAUGGAAACCGUCGCCCUCGGCAGCGCACGCCACCGAAGGCUCCCACCGAGGAAGAAAAGCAACAAGCGGCAAAGGCCGAAUAUGAGAAGUUGCUGAACGCGCGUUCCGGUGGUGUCUAUAUUCCGCCCGCGAGACUGAGGGCGCUCCAAGCACAGAUCACCGACAAGGCGUCAACGGAAUACCAGAGGCUCGCUUGGGAUGCUUUGAAGAAAAGUAUUAACGGGUUAAUAAAUAAGGUAAACGUCAGCAAUAUCAAGCAUAUUGUGCCAGAGAUGUUCAAUGAGAACUUGAUCAGAGGGCGAGGGUUAUUUGCUCGGGCAAUAAUGCGAGCACAGGCGUCAUCUUUGCCAUUCACGCCAGUUCUAGCUGCUAUGGCUGCGAUAAUAAACUCGAAAUUACCCCAGGUCGGAGAACUGUUAGUAAAGAGGCUCGUCAUGCAGUUUCGCAAAUCGUUCCGGCGGAACGAUCGAGCUGUCGCGAGCAGUUCAACCCUAUUUUUAGCCCACCUAGCAAAUCAACAGGUCGUUCACGAAAUGCUAGUAGCACAGAUACUGCUUUUAUUACUACAGAAACCGACCGAUGAUAGUGUAGAAAUAGCUGUAGGGCUUCUCAAGGCCGUAGGCCAACACUUGGAAGAAAUGAAUCCCUUGAUCGCUAGGGCAGUUUUUGAUCAGCUACGAUCAACUCUGCAUGAAGCUGACAUCGAUAAACGAACUCAAUAUAUGAUUGAAGUCUUAUUUCAAGUACGGAAGGACGGGUAUAAAGAUAGUCCUGCCAUUCGAGAAGAGCUCGACCUCAUAGAAGAAGAAGACCAGAUCACACAUCGAAUAGAGCUAGAUGGCGCUAUCGACGUAGAAGAUGGACUAAACAUUUUCAAAUUUGAUACCAACUGGGAGGAGAAUGAGGCUGCGUACAAGCGUCUCAAAGCUGAAAUCUUGGGCGAAGGUAGCGACGACGAGGAAGAUGAAGAUGAAAGUUCGGAAGAUGACGACGAAGAGGAUGAAGAGGCCAAGGCUAUAGAGAUUAAGGAUCAGUCCAAUGCUGACCUCGUCAACUUGAGGAAAACCAUCUAUCUGACAAUCAUGUCGAGCAUCAGUCCCCAAGAGGCUGUCCAUAAACUGCUCAAGAUCAGCCUACCGGCUGGAAUGGAGCAAGAAUUACCAUCUAUGGUUGUGGAAUGCUGUGCCCAGGAACGAACAUACACAAAUUUCUUUGGAGGCGCCGGAGAAACAUUAGCCAAAAUAGGGAGGCAUUGGACGGAUUUGUUCGAGCAGGCGUUUCAGAACAAGUACGAGACUAUCCACCGCUACGAUACAAAUCAACUACGAAAUAUUGCAAGAUUUUUUGGUCACUUAUUAGGGUCGGACGCUAUUGGAUGGCAUGUACUCAGCGUUAUCCACCUGAACGAGGACGAGACAACCUCCGCCAGUCGAAUCUUCAUCAAGAUCCUAUUUCAGCAGAUGACUGAAGAACUCGGCAUGCCAAAAGUUCAGACCCGCAUGAGAGACGAAACAAUGCAGCCAAGCUUCGAGGGCCUGUUUCCUCGUGACAAUGCUCGCAAUAUUCGUUUCUCGAUCAACUACUUUACUAGCAUCGGAAUGGGUGCACUGACCGAAGAGAUGCGAGAAUAUCUCGCAAAUAUGCCGAAACCAGCGCUUCCUGCGCCAGUUGCGAAAGAAUCGGAUACAGACUCGGUGUCUAGCUAUUCUUCGUACACUGGUUCAUCAUAUUCGUCACGAUCUCGAUCAAGGACUCCACCACGGAGAGCGUUGGAGCGAGGUCGUUCACAUUCUCGAUCACCGCGUAGAAACGGGGGUGCGAGAUCAUACAGCCGUAGCCUAUCUCGUUCAAGGUCUCGCUCCUAUACUUCAUCACGCAGCCCUCCACGGCGCAGGCAAGACUCGUACUCCCGAAGCCCCCCACGGCGCGCCCGGCCACAAUCACCCAACCGAAGUAUUUCUCGUUCUCGCUCUCGCUCACGCUCUCGGUCCUAUAGUUCACCGAGAAACCCUCCACGACGCAACAUGCGCUCUCCAAGUCCGGUGAGACGGGGUCGACGUGAUUCUAGCUAUUCUAGAUACGAGUCUCGCAGUCCGCCACCUAGAGCAAGACGAAAUUCUAGCUCUCCAAGAUACAGAUCACGCAGUCCACUUCCCCGGGGUACCGCUAAAGCCCGAUCUGUCAGCCGAGGGCGUAACAACUCAAGGUCCCAGUCUCGCUCGCGCUCGCAGUCUUAUACACCAUCGCGCAGCCGCAGUCGCACCCCCGUUCGCAACGACCGCAGUCCGACACCUCGGCGUACUCGUCCGAAACGAGACUCAUCAUACUCUGUUAGCCCUCCCCGGAAGAGGACGAGAUAUAAUGAUCGUGAUUAGCAUUGUUAUUGGGAAAGGGAUGAUCAUCUAGUGUAUAUUUCAAAAGCAAUGGAUACAUCAACAGGGAUGCGUAUGAUCUUAGCUCAGCUUAAGUUGCAUUUGUUGACAGGAGUGGGCGGUCUUGGGAAACUAACGACGAGACUUAUUGUCGUCGGUAUCAAAGGCAGAUUGUUUGUACACUAUCAAUACCCAAAAAGCUUGAUCAAGCCCAUUUAAUAGGACCGCGAAUAUCAUAUGUCCAGAUACAGAUACAUCAUUCCUUUCCACACCAACCACAUAACUAAAUGUACAAGCCUUACCAAAAUAACAU